CUGUUUCUAUGUUCCUAAUUAUCCAUAUUGUUCAAAUUAUUUUUCGAAUCUAAUAUUUGAUCAACGACCAAUCUUGUAUCUUUUGUAAUUAGAAUAAUUGUCAAAAUUCAGAUUUUGUUACAAUCAAUAAUAUAUAGUAAUUUAAUUAAUUGUAUAAAACCUCCAUUAAAAUCCGUAGUGGGGCAUCAAGUUAUAAAAUAUGUAUAAAUAAGAAAAAAGCAUGGAAUGUUGAUGAUGUGUAGAGAUCGAAGGAGGCAUGGGUUGGAGAUGUUGGUGUGUGGUUCUGGUUGUUGUUCUUCUUCAACCCCUCAUAGAUUCUGCUUCUGCGAGCUCCAUUGUUAAGAACCUACCGGGUUAUGACGCCCAUCUUCCAUUCAACCUUGAAACCGGAAACUUGAGCUGAACCCAUACUCUUGGACCCAUAUGUUGAACAUGUUAUACAUAGAUAUCCCAGUGGGCACUGGAUUUUCUUACUCAAAAACGCAACAAGGUUACUAUAGUAGUGACACAUUAUGGGUUGACCAUACGUAUGCUUUUCUACAAAAGUGGUUUAUUGAUCAUCCAAAGUUCAACUCAAAUCCAUUUUACGUUGGUGGUGGCUCGUAUUCAGGAUCUCCUACUGCUCCUCUCGUUCAAAAAUUAUAUGAUGGUUACGUAGCAGGUCGUGUACCACGCAUUAAUAUCAAACAGGGUUAUGUGAUUGCAAGCCCAGCGGUGGAUGCAUAUGAGAGCGAGAACACGAAAGUGUUGUAUGCAUACCAGAUGUCUCUCAUACCAGAAUUACUCUAUCAGUCGAUAAAAGAACAUUGUGGUGGUAAUUAUGUAAAUAUUGAUCCAGAAGACACAAAGUGUGUUUCAGAUUAUGAAGCUUAUUCCGAGUUAAUUCGUUACAUAAAUCCACAACAAAUUUUGGAACCUUUGUGUGAAACGACACCUGGUAUGAAUCAUGGAAUUUUACAAUCCUCACUUCAACAUCCUUCAGAAUUUUGGUGUAGAAGUUAUUCUCACAUUCUUGUGAACACAUGGGCAAAUGAUCAAAGUGUGAGGAAAGCCUUGUACAUUAGAGAGGGAACUAAGGGAGAGUUCUUGAGAUGCAACAAGACUUUGGCAUAUAACGUCACUCUACUCAGCGUUGCAGGAUAUUAUCAAAAUUUGACCAAGGCCAACAUCCAAGCUCUAGUUUACUGUUCUGAUCUUGAUAUGUCGAUACCACACAUAGCUACACAAAAUUGGAUAAAGUCAUUAAAGCUUAGCAUAUAUGACAAGUGGCGUGCAUGGUUUGUUGAUGGUCAAGUGGCCGGAUUUACGGAAAUUUACAAAAUGAAAGAAGACCAUUACUUAACAUAUGUGUCAGUAAAGGGUGCUGGACAUGUAGCCCAGACAUUUAAACCCAAGGAAGUUUACCAUAUGAUAAAGAGGUGGUUUUCAUAUUCUCUUAUAUAAGAUUAUAUAUGCUUCCAUUAUUGAAAUCAAAUUUAAUAAGAGGAAAAACUUGAUUAUUGUUGUAUUUCAAUCAAUUGUGACACCAUUCAAGUAUC